CCAACAGCGAUGUAGCCAUUGGAACAUCGCUAUUCUGGUCAAAUUUUUCAAAAAAAAAAUACCGUUGGCAACUGCAUUAAAAGCUCCAACAGCUAUUUUUUCAAAAUUUUGAACGUUGGCCACCCUUUCUCCUAUAUAUUUGGACCCCCUCUUCUCACUUUUACACACACAAACACAAUUCUCUUCAAUAUCUUUGCUUUUUCCAUCAUCCCUACUCUCCUCUUUUGUAACUUUUUUUUCAUCAUGGGCAAGGACAAGAGCAGGGCUGCCACCUCCGGGAAAUCAAAGUCCAAAUCCCGGGCGCCUACGUCAUCCUCCGAGGAGCGCCUCUACUACGGAGACGGGUCAUACCUUUGGUUUGACUCCGAAGAGGAACGCACCCGUUUCCUCACUUUCUUCUCCAAACGGGUUGUGGCUCCCCCACGGAUCAUCCCGGAGCGCUACCCGGAGCUGCAGGGCUACGACGACCUUGACGCACAGUUUCAUCAAGCCGGCCUUUGGCCGUUCGUCUCCCGGGCUCGAAAGGAGAUCAACCCGGCGCUAAUCCGGGCCUUCUACUCCAACCUCCGGUGUGAGGACGACGUGCUCUACUUGCUUGUCAAGAGCACGCCGAUUGAGCUCACCGUGGAGCAGCUUGGGCGCAUCGCCGGCCUCCCCAUCCAAGGCGACGAUGUGUCUCACUAUGGCGGAGAGGACUGGGUGCUCAACAACGAGGGCCUUAUCCUCAACGAGCUUGGCAUCACCGAGCUCAUUCGCCAUGCCUCGGGCCGCCCCACCAUCCACUCCGCUAACCCCGAAGGCCGCCUCGUCCUCUACAUCGUCUCCCGAAUCAUCAAACCUCGGAAGCACGACCACACAAUCAUGUCCGGAGAGGACCUCAAGCUAGUCCACGCGAUCAUGCACUCGGCCCCAAUCAAUUGGGCGAAGUUUGUCAUGAUCAACAUGACGAUCGCCGCGUCCACCGACCACGACCACCUCCUCCCGUACCCGUUUUUGGUGAUGGACAUCCUUGAACGGUUCAAUGUAACCACCACCGUUGGCCCGCUCACGAAGGCCACGAAGCUUUGGACCAUCAGCAACCAAACCUUCACCAAGCGGUCGGACAACGCCGCGGCUGCCACUUUCGAGCCACGCCGCACUGCCCCUGCCGCUGGCCCAGCCGAACCCCAGGCCCGGGCCAACCUCGCCUCCAUCGCCGACUCUGGUGGUCCCAAAGUGGUGAGAUACAAAGUCUAGAGGGGGGGGGGUGAAUAGACUUUGUUACAAAUUUAAAAUCUUUUUCGUUUCUUUUGAAAACGUGAAAAUAAUUGUUAAUCUAGAGUUCUUGUGAACUUUAGAUUGUGUGCGGAAUUUAGUGGGUAGAGUGAGCAGUAAUCAAUAUGGAUGGGUUAG